UAAAUUAAGUUUCCAUUGGCACCUUAUACUUUUGCACCUAAUGCGCAUCCUAUAUAAGAAACUCUAAGACACCAUAGUACUGAUUUGGUCACUGUGCCCUCCAUGAGAGCAAGUUAUACUUACGUUUUGGUGCUUUGAGUGUAGCAAAUAUUUUGUAGCUUUUAGUGUUCAAUCAUUUUGUUUUGUACACACGUGUACAUUUGUAAUAGAGAAACAUCCACUGUAGAGAAACAUCAUCCACCGUAGAGAAACAUCAUCCACCGUAGAGAAACAUCAUCCACCGUAAAGAAAUAAAGAAAAGUUUAUCUUUUUUUUUUUUUUUUUUAUUAUGCGUGCGCAGUAAAAAAGUUUAAUUUUAUACUAAUUUUACCAAAACUAAUAGACAAUGAAAAAAAAGGGCAGUGACGUUUUCUCCUAAAAAUUGCAUUUAGAGGAAUAUAAAGACUGCUACAUAGAGACUGCAACCCUGAGACUGCUACCCAGAGUCUGCUACCUAGAAACUGCUACAAAGAAACUGCUACAGAGACAGCUACACAGAGACGGCUACAUAUAAACUGCUACACUGAUACGGCUACCCAGACAGCUACACAGAGGAUAUAGGAAUGAAGUUGGCUCUGCUACUUAUUGUUUCCUACAUAGCUGUAGACAUCUGCUGCUCUUUACUGUGGCCCCUACCCAACUCCAAGAGAGUCCAGGCCUGCUACGACAGUGUUCGCAAUGAAAACGUGGACGACUUUAUUGGCUCUCAGAAAGUCUGGCAUUGUCAACACCUGUACAAGAACAUGAGUGUGCCCAGUGAACUGACCGAAGAGGACAAUGAAAGAAAAAAGUAUCUAGAUUCACUGAUUGAGGGUAUGUUUGGCGGUAUUGCAGACACUAGACGUAAACGUCAGAUCAAUACAACGCCAUGCAGGAGAAAAGAACUCCGCAUGCUGUCACUCGAAGAAAGGUCUCGCUUGUUUGCCGCUAUGAAUAAUUUAAAGACUGACACGUCUGUCAGACCUAACAAAUACGACGCCAUUGCUCUAAUACACACAGGAGAGAUGAACUUAGUAGCUCACAACGGAGCAGGGUUUCUUGGCUGGCAUAUACUUUUCUUGCUCAUAUUUGAGGCGGCUCUCAGACAAGUCGAUCGUUCUGUCUGCCUGCCUUACUGGGAUUCAACUCUGGAUAGCAUGCUGCCCAAUCCUACUCUAUCGGAACUAUGGUCGCCUGAGUUUAUGGGCACACCUCGGGGCGCAGUGGUCCAAGGACCAUUCGCUAACUGGAGACUCCCUCGCGGAGAAAGUCUCAGUCGAGAUGUUGACCUGGAUGGCGAGCUAAUGACACCUACAAACGUGAGAAACAUUUUGUCAAGAUCCAGGUAUGAAGAGAUCAUCACAUCACCGACAACAUCAACAAGAUACGACAUAGAGUUUAUUCACGGGGGACCUCAUGUGUUUGUGGGCGGCACCAUGAGUUCCCUAGAUACCGCCGCCUUUGAGCCUAUGUUUUUCUUCCAUCACAGUUACAUCAAUUACAUCUAUGUCAGGUUUAGAAGCAGGCUAAGAAGUCUGGGACGGAACCCUGCUGUUUAUCCAAGAAUAUUGGGUGCAGACUUUCGACAUGCGCCUAACUACCCUACAGGACUGGGAAGUUACACACAGGCUGAUGGAUACGCUGAUUACUUUGAACGUCUUUCGGUGUACGAACCUGUUCCCACGUGUUCCUCCAUUUCUCCAUCAUGUGGCAACAGAUUUCUGACUUGCCAAAAUGGACUUUGUUUGCCACGACUAACUUCAGGAAGAAGUAAACGAGCGAUCUCCAUUCCAGGCUUAGUUGACCCAAUUGAAGUCACUAACAUCUUAAGUCAGGGCAGCACCAGAUCAAACACCUGCGACACUCCCGAUGCUUAUAUUACGCCAUACAAUGACUUCUGCGUCGACGGAGCCUGUGACACAAGCCUCUGGGCCGGAGUCUCUUAUAAGAUUAUCGCUGCAAGACGUCCUAAUUCUCCAGUAUUCCGAAAUUUCCCCGUCAUUAAGGGCCGCGUGGAUGUGAGUCGGGAUAUCUAUGAGCCAUCGGCCUAUGAUGAAACUAAAAGAUUUAUUGCUGACGAAGAAGGCAAUCCAAUGGCUUACAGCAGAUGUCAAAAUGGAUCCGCCGCGAAUCAGAUUUACGUAUACUCCCGUGGUAUUAAUUAUGAAGGACAUUACAAAGAGUCUGCAGUCAUCGACCCAAGACAAGCCGUGGCUGUAACAGUGGGCGUUGUCUUCGUCAAAAGACCAAAUGAAGGUGAAACUGUCAUGGCUACAGUCGGGGCUCACACUGUUUGUGGUCAGGUGUGUCGUAUCGCAUGUCAAGAUCUUGCUUCAGGAGAUCUCAAGAGAUGUUCUGGCGCCAUCGCUCUCAGUAGCAGAAAGCCAUUCAUGUAUGGCUAUAACUACGAUGAUUCUUUAAUGAGUAUUUUCGGCUACAGACUCAACAAUCGCUAUCCCAAGCUGCUGUCAGAUAAUUUCUUUUUCACAUUGUAUUGUGACUACCCGAAGCAAUUCCCUUACUCCAAUUAGAGUGGACAAGAUAUUCACAGAAUUGGCAGAUAGUAUAAAAAGUGUAUUAAAAAAAAAGAACACUGUUUCUAUUCAAGUCAUUAAAUCUGUGACACUAUAAAUGGAGCGUAAAAUGGUAGACUGGUAGACUUAUUUGUGACUCUACAUUUUUCUAAGAAAAGUGUUAACAUUUCGACAAAAAAUAUUUUUUUUGGAAACAGCUGACAUUUGAGAUAAUUACAAGGCUAUUUUUAAAUAUUGUAGUUUAAUGAAGUGUUUAAGUAAAGAAGGGGCGGGAAAUGGAUGUCACUGAUCGACAUUACUUAAAGUAAACAAUAAGUGCAUUUUUUCCCAACAUUUAAUACAUAAACAACACUGUAGCAACAUUUUCCCAGUCCAAAACCUUUAAUUUCAAUGUUAUCAUAAAGAAAUAAAAAGUUCAUAUUGACACAGACAUAAAGAUGUCAAUUUGAUAUUGACAUAUAACCAUAACGAAAGAAAAAAUGACUUUUGACACAUAGACAUAGAAUAGUAAAUUUGAUAUUGAUACAUAGACACAAGGAAUUAAACUUGAUAUUGACACAUAGACAUAAGGAAGUAAACUUGAUAUUGACACAUAGACACAAGGAAGUAAACUUGAUAUUGAUACAUAGACACAAGGAAGUAAACUUGAUAUUGAUACAUAGACACAAGGAAGUAAACUUGAUAUUGACACAUAGACACAAGAAAGUAAACUUGAUAUUGA